GGUCAUCAGAAUCCACAGCGUGGUAGAGGAAGCAAAGGGGCGGCAGAUCUCAAACCACGGCACCCUCCAGUGGCUCUCCGAGCUCAUCGACGGCGACUACCAGGGCUGCUAUUUGCUCGACUCCGUCGGGUGCGGAGGUGAAUUAGCUGACAGAGAUGACGAUGGUAAGGCAAUCCCCCAAGUUUCAACCUUGUCCUUGUUUAAUCCAGCAAAGCGCGUGAGACUUGCAGCAUCGUCCCGGCGCCAUGACGAUACGGGCGGUGUCGAUGAGAUCGAGAGGGUGCUCCAGAGACUGCAGGUCAUGUCUGGUGAUCUGAGGGAGUUCAUCCUGCUCUUGCAAGGCUGCAAGCCCAUCCGCCGCCCUCUAGCCACUAGCAUCUUCCGGGACGGGCAGAUGUUCGGCCGACAUGUCGAGAAAAGAGAGGAUCAUCAACUUCCUGCUGCACGAGGACGUCUAUCGGCGGACCACGGAGCUUGGUGUGCUGCCUAUUGUUGGUGACAGCGGAGUCGGGAAGACAACCCUGGUGCAAUACGCCUGCGACGACGCUAGAGUGCGCGCCCACUUCCCAGUGAUCAUGCUGUACAGUUUCACAUCUACCUACGAUGUCAAAAACAACCAAGGAACUUGUCCAAGCGACGACCCACUGGAGUUGAUCAAGAGUAGCGACGACAGUUUUUGGGACAGACACAGGAGGUGCCUGAUGAUAUUUGAGGACGUGGACAUGUGCAGGAAGCAGAUGCUGGAGGAGUUCUUGCAGAACCACCGCCGCAGCGAGGCGGCGGGGGUAGUCAAGAUGAUCGUCACCACGAACAACCGGCGUGUCGCGAACGACGUCGGGACGGUGGAGCCGAUCGUGCUAAGGCCGUUGCCGUGCCCUGAGUACUGGUUCUUCUUCAAGGCCCACGCGUUCGCCGGCAGAGACGUCGAGGAGAACCCGAGGCUCAUCUCUGCGGGGAAAGCGAUAGCGAGGAAGCUCAACGGCUCAUUCUUCGGCGCCAAGAUCGUCGGAGGGCUGCUCACGGAUCACCCGGAUCCAAGGGUCUGGUGCAAGGUCCUGAGGAGCAGCAUUGGAGGGAUGUCUCCCCUUGGUGACGGCGUCGGUUACAUCUCGGACUUGGCUGAAAACUUGCUGCCCGGCCAUGUGAACAUGUGCAGGGUGACGCUCUCUAAGGACCCGGCAUUUCCUCCCCAGACGGCGACACCGCAGUUGGCUAUGUUCAAGGAUCUGCACGGCGCUGUUCCUCAUGACAGCGAGUUGGCCUGCUGGGCAGACGACGCCCGGUUUGGGAGUGUGAGUGCAAGUCAGUACUGCCGUUCUUUAACCAUUACUAUAUUGCUCGUUGCUCUUGCACUUGCACCGUAGCUGCAGUGAACUCUUGCCGAUCAGUGUUGAUCUCUGUAUAACUAGAAUGUUGGAU